AUGCAAACGACGUUGCACUUGUUGUUGUUGUUGUUGUUGUUGAUGUCCCUUUCGUUUAAGACACCUUUCUUCCCUAAUAAUGCAGCUAUUUCAAAUGACGAUGUUGUUGAUUUCGAUGUUGAUAUAACUGUUGUAGCUGAUGUUGAUGUCAAUGACGAUGAUGACGAUGAUGCUCCUGCUGCUGCUGCUAAUGAUGAUGAUGAUGAUGAUGAUAACGACGACGACAAUAUGAUGAUGAUGAUGAUGAUGAUGAUGAUGAUGAUGGUGAUGAUGAUGAUAACAAUGAUAAUGAUAGGGGAUUACGAAUACUAACGGUAUCACAACGAUUCAUUAUGGCAUUAUUACCAAUGAAUGCUGGUGUCCAAACUGUUACUGCUGUCGAAGUCCUAUUUUGACAAAACAUAUCCAUUGUUAUACGAUUAGUAUCUUUUUAAUUCACAC